UGAGUCACUGAGUCCCUAAUAAGGAUUAGUAAGCAACACAAACAUGCAGAGAAACUAAACGUUUAUAUUCUCUUAUUUCAGGUGUUCCUGGCUGAGAACAAGGUGACAAAGCAACUGUGCGCCAUAAAAACCCUGAAAAAGCAGAGGAUUAUUGCAUCAAACAGUUUCAACAGUGUCUUCAAGGAGAAGAGAAUACUCCAGAGGGUUACCAGUAUAGAACACCCAUUCCUGGUUUCCCUUUAUGGCACGUUCCAGACUGAAUAUCACCUCUUUUUUGCCAUGGAGUAUCUUCCCGGUGGCGACCUCUUUUCUCUGCUAGCGAAGCAUGGUGAAUUUGAGGAAUCCUGUGCUAUGUUUUACACUGCCUGUGUGGUACUAGGCCUUGAAGAAUUACAUCGGAACAAUAUUCUUCAUAGAGAUCUAAAACCAGAGAAUCUGAUGGUUGACCGAGACGGAUAUCUGAAAAUUGUUGAUUAUGGCCUGAGCAAAGAUGCAUUUGGAAUUGGAGAUCGCACUAGGACCAUGUGUGGAACAAGCUAUUACCUGGCCCCAGAGAUCGUUAUGAGGAAGUCAUACGACAGGGCUGCUGACUGGUGGGCCCUUGGGGUUGUAAUAUAUGUGAUGCUUACGUACCAGUUCCCAUUUGAUGGAGAAACGAAUAAAGAAUUGUAUGAAAGCAUCAUAUAUGACGAAGUCGAACUAUACGAGGGAUUCUCGGAACAAGCUUGCGACUUAAUUAAAAAUGUAAGUUGUCUCCUGGAUAUCAGUAAUUUUAAAUGCCACUUUUCAUUGACUUUUUAUUACUACCAAUAGUAAU